ACCUCUGGCCUUUCAGAGCAGCUGGUUCUCAGAGGCAGCUCCCUUCAUUCACGCAGUCGGAGGUGAAGACAGUACGCCGUGUUUGAAAAUAAGAAGCGGCUGAUCCCGGGGAUGACACGUAAUGCAGAGGAGGAAAAUCCUGAAUUUAUUUGAACACACGACUAUCCAGCAGUUGAGCAGCUGAGCUACUGGUUUUGCGUUUGCAGCCGAGGAGCAGGGCCAGGAGGAAAUAUCACAUUGCGACCGCUUUGGGACGCUCUCCCAGGAUAAGUGCCAGGGAUCCCUGCAUGUGUGGGCGCACCGUGUUGGGGUUAUAACAGGAGAAGCAGACGGACGUAUUUAUAACAAACAGGCAGAGUGCAGCUCGCGCAAACAUGAAGAUUGAAGACAAGUGAAGAGGGGGGGAAAGAGAAAAGCCUGAGAAUAUCUGCUGUGACCUUUUUUGGCCUCUGAAGACCAAAAGUUCACCAAAGACCGGAAAGAUCAGGCAGAAAGCUAAAAGCUUUGAAGCAUAAAGGCCCGACUGUUGAAUAUUCAGCAGCGUAAAAUUGAGCUUAUCUGAAUUUCCCAGACAAAGGAGAGAAGAAAUGCCAGGCCCAGGAGGAGCAGACCCGAAGGGAGAGGAUUUCUCCACUGCCAUCCUGAAGCAGAAGCACAGACCCAACAGGCUGAUUGUGGACGAAGCGCUCAAUGAGGACAGCAGCAUUGUCAGCCUGUCGCAGCAUAAGACGGAGGAGCUGCAGCUCUUCCGCGGGGACACCGUGGUGCUGAGGGGACGAAAACGCCGGCAAACCGUGUGCAUCAUCCUGACGGACGACACCUGCGGAGAUGAGAGGAUUCGGAUGAACAGGGUGACGCGCAACAACCUGCGCGUCCACCUCGGGGAUGUCAUCAGCAUCCAUGCUUGUCCUGACAUCAAGUAUGGGAAAAAGAUCCAUGUCCUCCCCAUUGACGACACUAUUGUGGGCCUGGCAGGGAACCUUUUUGACGUUUUCCUCAAGCCGUACUUUCUAGAGGCAUACCGGCCGGUACACAAAGGUGACAUUUUCUUGGUGAGGGGGAGCAUGCGAGCCGUCGAGUUCAAGGUGGUAGAGACGGAGCCGAGCCCUCACUGCAUUGUUGCCCCAGACACUGUCAUCUACUGCGAAGGAGAGCCGAUCAAAAGAGAGGACGAGGAGGAGAAUCUAAAUGAUGUUGGGUAUGACGACAUCGGAGGCUGUCGGAAGCAGCUGGCUCAGAUCAAAGAGAUGGUGGAGCUUCCUCUCCGGCACCCGGGACUCUUCAAGGCGAUAGGAGUUAAGCCCCCGAGAGGUAUCCUGCUUUACGGCCCUGCGGGGACAGGGAAGACCCUUGUGGCCCGAGCGGUAGCCAAUGAGACUGGGGCUUUCUUCUUCUUAAUCAACGGUCCCGAGAUCAUGAGUAAGCUGGCAGGGGAGUCGGAAAGCAACCUGAGGAAGGCGUUUGAGGAGGCAGAGAGCAACGCUCCGGCGAUCAUCUUCAUCGACGAGCUGGACGCCAUCGCUCCCAAGAGAGAGAAGACUCACGGUGAGGUGGAGAGGCGCAUCGUGUCGCAGCUCCUGACCCUGAUGGAUGGCUUGAAGCAAAGAGCCCACGUGGUUGUGAUGGCGGCGACGAACCGGCCGAACAGCAUCGACUCGGCUCUGAGACGCUUCGGCAGGUUUGAUCGAGAGAUUGACAUUGGGAUCCCCGAUUCGACCGGCAGGCUGGAGAUCCUGCAGAUCCACACCAAAAACAUGAAACUGGCGGAUGAUGUUGAUCUGGAAAAGAUCGGAGCAGAGACACAUGGGCACGUGGGCGCCGACCUCGCCGCUUUGUGCUCAGAAGCCGCUCUGCAGGCAAUACGCAAGAAGAUGACGCUCAUCGAUCUGGAGGACGAAACCAUCGAUGCUGACCUGCUCAACUCCCUGGCCGUCACCAUGGAUGACUUCCAAUGGGCCCUGAGUCAAAGCAACCCAUCAGCUCUGAGAGAGACAGUGGCAGAGGUUCCUCAGGUCAACUGGGAGGACAUCGGUGGUCUGAGCGAGGUCAAGCGAGAACUCCAGGAGCUCGUUCAGUAUCCAGUGGAGCACCCUGACAAGUUCCUGAAGUUUGGGAUGACCCCGUCUCGAGGGGUGCUGUUCUACGGCCCCCCCGGCUGCGGGAAGACGCUCCUGGCGAAGGCCAUCGCCAACGAGUGUCAGGCAAACUUUGUGUCCAUCAAAGGACCGGAGAUGCUCACCAUGUGGUUCGGAGAGUCGGAGGCCAAUGUCAGAGAUGUUUUUGACAAGGCCAGACAGGCAGCCCCCUGCAUCUUGUUUUUUGACGAGUUGGACUCUAUCGCCAAGUCCAGAGGAGGCGGGGCGGGGGACGCCGGCGGCGCCGCCGACAGAGUCAUCAACCAGAUUCUCACUGAGAUGGACGGCAUGUCGGACAAGAAGAACGUUUUCAUCAUCGGUGCCACAAACAGGCCGGACAUCAUAGACCCGGCCAUCCUGCGGCCGGGCCGUCUGGACCAGCUCAUCUACAUCCCGCUCCCCGACAAACCCUCUCGCAUGGCAAUUCUUAAAGCUAAUCUGCGCAAAUCACCGAUUGCACGAGACGUAGAUCUGGAGUUCCUCUCUGGGAUCACCGAGGGUUUCUCCGGAGCCGACCUGACCGAGAUCUGUCAGCGAGCUUGUAAGCUGGCCAUCCGGGAGGCCAUCGAAGCCGAGAUCAAGGCUGAGCGUCAGAGGCAGAGCAGACCAGGAAUCCCAAUGGACGAGGACUUCGAUCCGGUCCCAGAGAUCAGGAAGGACCACUUUGAAGAGGCGAUGCGCUUCGCUCGCCGCUCCGUCAGCGACAACGACAUCCGCAAAUACGAGAUGUUUGCUCAGACUCUGCAGCAGAGCCGAGGUUUUGGGAACUUCAGGUUCCCGUCUGCUACCGGCACCCGGUCUGGAGAUCAGGGGUCAGGUUCUGGAUCGGAGAGGCCGAACCAGUUCAGAGAGGAAGGUGAUGAGGAUCUCUACCAGUGAUGAUGAUGAUGAUGCUUUGAGACUGCUAGUGACAGAAAAAGACCGAUUGAAAAGUGUCUGUCUAAAUUUCUUUUUGACUGAUAGAAAUUACAUUAACAUGUAAAAAUAUAAAAGAUUUGAUUUUCACUUUUAGAAUCCAGUGAGAGUUUUUUAAGCAUACAGUUUGGAAUGAUGGUGGUAAAUGAAUAAUGUUGAGUUGUUUUGUUCUUUGCAUUUUAUUGUUUGUUAACUGUUGAGAACGUCUAAGCAGAAAAAUAAACCGGGCUUCUGUUCACUCAUCCAGUGUUUUGCGUUAAGGAUAGUUUUUGAUCCAAGAUAUUUCUAUAAAUACUUUUUGUCAAAAUAAUUAUAGCCUACCCACAAACAGCCGAUGAUAUCUCUGUAUUGAUUUAGUGUUGAUACUUGCUUAUAUUAGACUGAUUCAUUGUCUUGUGACAUGCAACAUUUUGGUUCUUUAACACAAAAUGUUCAUGAACUAAAGAUCUGAUUUUAUUUGUGUUCAGAGAAUAUUAUGAAAAAUAUGUUCAUGUUUUAAAAUAAGCCAAACAGAAAAUGAGUUCCAAAUAAACCUUAAAGUACCUUGCUCAACACUCUGAGCAACCAAAUUAACUUGUGUCAAUAUUUUUGUAAAUGUGUUGGUUUUUCAUCGAAUCAUUUCUCAAUGAAAUGCGGUUUUCCCUGUUGGCUCCAAGAAAAACACAGUGCAUGAUUUUUUUCAUUCAUGCUUUCAUCAUACUUUAAAGUGGGAACAUAUCAUGCUUUUGAAUUCUUCCUUUUCACAUUUAAAUAAGUGAUUUGCGGUUUAUAUAACAGGGGCACUGAAAUAUCUGAAUUAUUUGCUAAUUUACCCUUUCUACCCCUGUUCUGAGGCGCGUCUGAGAGUAACUCGGUUUGGUGCAGUCUCUUUAAGUAUAAAGGAGGCCUGUACCCCACCCUCACCCACGUGGGUUGAUACACCUUCUAACCAAAUAUUUUCACAUAUCCACUUGAAGCUUCGGCAUCCUUGAGCUUGGACUACAAAAUCAUAAAAAAGCAAAAAAUGGUAAAAAGAUAAAAAUGGCAAAUUCAUGAAAUUGGGAAGUUGGAAGUCCUUCACCUUGUUCAGUCCUGCAAAUACUGUGACGUAAUUGAUCAAAAACCGUAAUAGAUAACAGAGAAACUGAGCAGCUUUAAAAAAGUAUUACCCAAAAAGAAAAUGAAGAUGUUUAUGCAGCAUCUGGACAGAUUACAUUCAACAAAAUGUGUUUGAGGGCUGCAAAAAUGGAUUUUGCAUGCUAUGCUCCCUUAAAUGGGCCUAUGUACUAUGACUACAAAUCUCUAUGCCAGUAACGCACUCUGGUUGCAUUCAAAUGGCUUUCCCAUUAAAUUAUUGCGUCCUGCUUUUAAUGUUUUUUUUUCUGUGUUUUACUAUUUGUUUUGCCUCUAUUUUUUGGUAAACCAAGCGCUUUAGUGUAUAUUUACAAUAACAAGACCAUGUGACCAGAGGUACGAUAUUGUGCAUGCGCACAAUGAGUAAACAAGGAGAAGCAAUAGUCAGUAACAUCUGGCACAGGUGCAACAAGAAAGACUAAGUAACCAAAUCCCUGUAGAUCGGGUCGGUCUUCGACCACGCUGAGCUGUCACUUUACUGCGAGGCAUUGCAGGUCGAUCUACUGGCUCUUACAGUAGCUGCAUCAAUUGUCGCCAUCUUGCUUUCUGAUAGUUCUGCGGUCCUGCCGGCAGAUGGCACACAACAAUGUUGUGUGAAUAUAAACAUUUAUGUUCAUGUCUGCUGAUUGCGCCAGGUGCAAAAUUCCUUUCAGACUCAAAAAAGACUAAGUCAACGCUAUAAGGAUGAACGCUUGGUGUAUAUUGUUUUAUUUGAAGAUAAUUGUAUGAUUAUUUUUGUAUUUUCCUUUUAUGGUCAAAAAUGUGACUGGGCCCCUUUAAAGUUUAAAAAAGUAAAGAAAUCAGAAUAAAUAAAUCAAAAUUGGCCUAUCUUUUGUUUUUCAAAAACAGAUUGGUAAUUUUAAAACUUACUUUUAACUCUCCAUCAUCUGUUGUGCACGAAUGAAUGAUGUCAUGUUGUCUGAAACCCCAGAGCAGGACUGUCUAUUGUUAUAAAUGCAUUAAAGACCUUUAUUAACUUUCA